UCCUAUUUAUAUACGUAUCUCCCAAAACACACAAACACAAAAUUACAAUUUACACACACAAAUACAUACAGAGAACUAUAUAUAUAUAUAUAUAUACACAAUACAAGAUCAGCAAGGUGUGGCAUUGUUGAUUGUAUAGAAAAUUAAGAAGAAAUGGGCGAAGAGAAGAAGGAGGAAUUAGGCAACAAGGAGGAAGAAGGAGAGAAGAAGAAGAAGGAAGAAGAAGAAGAAGAAAAAAAGGAAGAGGAAAUAGUGCUUAGGGUAGAGAUGCACUGUGAGGCUUGCGCCAGAAAAGUUAUCAGAGCUCUCAAAGGAUUCCAAGGAGUGGAGGAGGUUAUGGCGGAUUACAGGUCGAGCAGAGUGGUGGUGAAAGCUGUGAAGAACAGUACUGACCCUAUAAAGCUGUGCCAAAGAAUCCACAAGAAAACUGGGAGGAAAGUUGGGAUUAUAUCUCCAUUACCCACCCCACCCUCAACUGAUCAAGAAAACCCCAAACCAGAGGAAGAAGAACCCAAACAAGAGCCUCCGGCACCGAUCACAGUUGUGCUCAAAGUCCAGAUGCAUUGUGAAGCAUGUGCUCAGGCGUUGCAGAAGAAGAUUGGAAAGAUCAAAGGUGUGGAAUCGGUUGCGACGAACAUAGCAAGCAAUGAGGUAACAGUGAAGGGGGUAAUCGAUCCAGAAAAUCUUGUGAAUGAUGUGUACAAGAGGACUCACAAGCACGCAUCGAUCGUGAAGAACGAGGAGAAGAAGGAGGAGGAGAAGAAGAAGAAAGAAGAAGAGGAAGAGGAAGAGCAGAAGAAGAAAGAGGAAGAAGAAAAGAAGCAGCAGAAGAAGAAGGAUGAAGAAGAAGAUGCAAAAUUGGAGGUCAAGAAAAUGGAGUUUUGGGGUCCAAAGCAGUACAUGGAGUAUGCCUACGCCCCUCAAUUGUUCAGCGACGAAAACCCCAACGCCUGCUCCGUCAUGUGAAAAUUAAUUAAUUAAAUUAAUCUAAAGAUCGAUCCAUCUCCAUCUCCAUUAGUGUUUCUGCAAUUUUCUCCAGACUUUGUUUCUUGUGUGUGUGUUCAAUAAUUAACAGUCGACUUUUUGAUCUCAAA